CACGCUCGCAGCUCAGCCAUGGCUGGUCUCCACCAUGCCUUCUGCGUCGGACCCAUGUUUCCCUGAACCCCUACCGCCUAUACCUGUACAGUCUACUGCUACAGUGCAAUGCACGACAAUUCCUUUACUCUUGACUCACCACUCUGGUGAAACGGAACGUAUGUAAUGACAGAGUAUCGCCAGUCCCAACAGUCAGGAUCCCUUCACUUCUCACUUGUUUGCCAUUGAUCAACAUCGUCAGGUGCGUCCUGGAGAAGGUUCUCGUUUGUUACUAUUGCCGCUUGGGGGAGAAGACAGGCCCGCAGUGCAGCCUCGGCGUCCGGCCUAGGCUUACGAAACCGGCUGGAGCCCAUCAGCCAUGUGCGCGCCUCCGUCCAUGUUGCACCGUCGAGCACGUUAUCUCUCGGGCUGCAUUGCAUUGCAUUGGUCUGUUUGUCUGUCCGUCUUUGCCCUUGGGCGAACCCUGGAUACCACACGAUGAGUCUGACCGGAGUCGGGGCAUCUCACACUGUUGCUUCUUCUACCUGUUUUGUCUUGGACAACUCCAUGCAUCGCCCAUUCUGCCUCAAUUGCCUCCGGUCCAGUGAGAUAAGGGAACAAACAACUGCCAACAGAGUCCCGUCUCGAUUCGACUGCAGCAUCCGCUCCAGCAAAGCUCGGGUGGACGCUCCCAAUCCGGGCCCGGCGGCGCGGCGCUUGGCACUUUGACAUGCUGGCCCUGCGUGCGCCUGUCCAAUCGAACGAGGCCGUGGCACAUACUCUCGCUGCACGUG